AUGACUCAAUCUAUCUCAGUUGACGGCGCUGGGGGAGAAGCGCCAUGCAAGCCUAUUGAGGCUACAGAAGCAUACCGCAACAAAUUCCCGGUCGCUUAUGAACAGUCAAAGCUACCUUUCGAUGCGCCUAGGAAAGUCAAAGUUAUUCUUGCAGGUGCAGGCAUUAGUGGAAUUUCUUUUGCUCACGCCGUGGAAAGUGGGCAACUACCUAAUGUGGAGCUCAAGAUUCUUGAAAAGAAUGCUGGACUGGGAGGCACCUGGCUCGAGAAUCGCUACCCUGGAUGUGCAUGUGAUAUCCCUUCUCAUAACUACUUGUUUACAUGGGCGCCAAACCCCAAAUGGUCUUCAUUCUAUGUCACCGCGCCAGAGAUUCUUCAAUAUCUCGAGAAUGUAGUUGAGAAGUUCGAUCUGAGGAAAUAUGUCACGGUAUGCCGCAAGAUUACCAGCGCCGUCUGGAGCGACGAGAAGCAGAAGUGGAUCGUCACCAGCAAAAACACAGAUGGUCGUCGCACUGUCAUCUCGUCGCAGGGUAUUUCCGAAGGUGAAGUCGGCGAAGACAUCGUCGAGGAAUGCGACGUCUUUAUCAAUGCCAGUGGAUACCUCAACAACUGGAGAUGGCCCAAUGUUCCCGGUCGCGAAAACUACCAAGGCGUUCUCGCCCACAGCGCCAAUUAUGACCCCGACACUGACCUUCAGGGCAAGCGGGUCGCCGUCAUCGGUAACGGAAGCAGUGGCAUUCAAGUCACCGCAGCUGUGCAGAAAGUCGCCAGCCAUGUCGGAGCGUAUAUCCGAUCUCCAACCUAUAUCACGGCUAACCUAGGCUCGAGAUUCAUUGGCCAGGGUGUACCCAACAUCACCUAUGACGAUGAACAGCAGAAGAAGUGGGUGGAGAAUCCGGAAGAGUACCUUACUCUUCGAAAGGAAAUUGAGAAGGAAUUGAACUUCCGCUUCCCCUUAUAUAUCAAAGAAAGCGAGUUCCAAACUAUGGCGAAGGACUUGACAAGCAAGGGUAUGCGGGCCAAACUCGAGAAGAAGCCCGAGGUUGCAGAUCUUCUUAUUCCUUCCUAUGGUGUUGGGUGUCGGCGACCGACUCCUGGACCAGGUUAUCUAGAAGCGCUCGCUUCCGACAAAUGUGAAGUGGUUUGGGGUGAGAUUGAUUCUUUCACUAAGACUGGUUUGAGAUCCCAGGACGGCAAAGAGCGCGACUUUGAUGUGAUCAUCGCCGCAACAGGUUUUGACAUGUCUUUCGUACCUCGCUGGCCAGUCAUCGGGCGAAACGGUGUGAAUCUCCAGACAGAAUGGGAGAAAGAUCCAGCUUGCUAUCUUUCAGCAAUCGCGCAAGAUAUGCCAAAUUACUUCGUCUAUAUGGGACCCGGCAGCCCAGUUGGUCACGGCAGUAUGAUCACCUCCAUCGAGCGAAUCACCCUUUAUGCGGUGGACAUGAUCAGAAAAUUGCAACGAGAGAACUACACUUCGUUCCGUCUCAAGGAUGGAAAAGCCAAAGCAUACCAAUUCCAGAUGCUCUCAUGGCUCGACAAGACGGUCUGGGGCGACCCAUGCCAGAGCUCGUUCAAGAACGGUAUGAAGGACGGUGCAUUGCAUGCCUUCCAUCCUGGUUCGCGACUGCAUUACUUCGAGCUGCUUAAGCGCCAUCGGUAUGAGGACUUUGAGUGGGAGUGUCGAUGCCCUGAGCCGGGUUUGGAUUUCGCUUGGCUCAAUAAUGGUUUCUUGUCGCAUGAGCUGUCUGCGGAUGAGGAGGCUGAUCCUACCUGGUACCUGAAUCAAGACAAUGCUACUUUGACCAAGUUUGUUGGUGAAAACAAGGUCUAA